GUGGGGGGGAGGCCUUGUUACCGAGCGGCUGACGGAACUGACUCAAACCGCCGGUUAAUGAGUGACGGCCGGACAGCGCCUCACAUCCUCCACCAGGAGCGAGCUUGUCGCCGUUUCCCGCGUCAGAUUUGACUCAGAGACACCUCGGAAAGAGCCCUUCGCCCUCACGGUUCCUGUUAUUACACUGGAAGAUAUAUAUCUAUGUCUAUCUAUCUAGAUAUUUUUGUUUUUUUGCCGCGUUUGAAAAAGGUGCCACAUUUCCAUCCUGGAGCUGGUCUUGUGGAUUGAAUUCUGACGAAAAUGCAGUUCUGCCAAUUCCAUCUCGGAACUUAGAGGCUGAAAAGGAUCUUUAUAACCCAAAUCUUAGUUUGCAAACAAAAAAAAACUACCUUUUAAUUUUGAGGGGAGGGCAGAAGGGGAACAAACAUUUAAAAUCUUUUAAUAUUUGAAACAGAUCAAGAGGAAAGAAAAUGAGGAGACGUAUUAUGAUAUCCCAAAGAUUGUGAAUACGCAAUGUCUAACUCCAUGGAACAGAAAGAUCUUGGCCCACUUUACCAUGCCAAUGGAAAUGUCUAUCCUGUCGUUGGCAGCUCUGAUGAAUUUGCCAUUUCUAUAACUCCUAGUUCCUCCAAGGAGCUGGUGGAGACAGAGAGUUCAGACUGUUUAACAGAGGUGAGAGAGCAGGGCGAAAGUGUGGAGGCUGUAGUGAGAGACUCCCGUGCCAAUGCCAAGGGUUUGAGGGAGGAAGAUGCCCUCCUGGAGAAUGGCAGUCAGAGUAUGGACAGCGAUGAUACCAGCAGCACCCCAAGUCGGGCUCACGAUUCCCUCAAAGAGACCUCUUUCUCUAUAGGACUGCAGGUUGUGUUCCCUUUCCUGCUGGCAGGCUUUGGAACAGUGGCAGCUGGGAUGGUCUUGGAUAUUGUACAGCACUGGAAUGUGUUUAAAGAGGUGACGGAGGUUUUCAUUCUCGUGCCUGCUUUGCUUGGCCUCAAGGGCAACUUAGAAAUGACUCUCGCCUCCAGACUCUCUACUGCGGCCAACAUUGGCCAAAUGGAUUCAGCUGCGGAGCAAUGGAAGAUGAUCACAGGAAAUCUGGCUCUAAUUCAGGUCCAGGCCACUGUGGUUGGUUUCCUGGCAUCUGUGGCUGCUGUAGUGUUUGGUUGGAUUCCUGAGGGCCACUUCCAACUGGAUCAUGCUGUCCUCCUAUGUGCCAGCAGCAUGGCGACAGCAUUUAUAGCUUCCCUCAUAUUGGGGGUAAUCAUGGUCGGUGUAAUUAUUGGCUCAAGGAAGAUAGGUAUAAACCCUGAUAAUGUGGCCACACCCAUUGCUGCUAGCCUUGGGGACCUUAUCACCUUGGCACUGCUGUCUGGAAUCAGCUGGGGUCUCUAUAUACAGCUACAGGCACAUCCUUAUAUCAACCCACUAGUGUGCGCUUUCUUUGUGGCUUUGACUCCUCUCUGGAUCAUCAUAUCAAAAAAGAACCCAGCCACAAGAGAGGUCUUGUACUCUGGCUGGGAGCCUGUUAUUAUUGCCAUGACCAUUAGCAGCGUUGGUGGACUGAUUUUAGAUAAAACGGUAUCUGAUCCAAACUUCGCAGGGAUCGCUGUUUUCACUCCUGUUAUCAAUGGUGUUGGCGGCAACCUAGUAGCUGUACAGGCCAGUAGAAUUUCUACCUUCCUCCAUCUCUCCAGUAUGCCUGGUGCAGCGCCAGAAAACGUGCACAAGACCUGCCCGAGCCCUUGUCGCACAUUCUGUAGUUCAGAUUUGAAUUCAAGAUCAGCUCGGGUCUUGUUCUUUCUAGUUGUCCCUGGACACCUAGUCUUUCUGUACACCAUUAACUCCAUGCAAGGGGGACACACAACACUAACACCAAUAUUUAUAGCAUUCUACAUGAUGGCUGCUUUAUUACAAGUGCUAAUUCUGCUCUACGUUGCUGAUUGGAUGAUUCAUUGGAUGUGGGGGCGUGGCAUGGAUCCAGAUAAUUUUUCAAUCCCUUAUCUGACGGCAUUGGGCGACCUGCUGGGGACAGGGUUCCUGGCACUCAGCUUCCACAUUCUCUGGCUGAUUGGCGAUCGAGACACGGAUGUUGGUGACUAAAAUGAAGGUUCCUCAUAAAAUGGGGAGUAAAAAUCAUCAAGUGCAAUUCAAUGAAGGUGACUUUAAUGAAACUUUACACAAUGGAGACUGUGUUUCAUAUGCAACCCAUGUGCAGCAACCAGUGGAGAUAUCUGCAUGGACUACAAAUACUGCUUGAUCAGGAGAGGUCUCAAUGGAAUCCCCAACUGUGUGUUAAAACUGGAUUCUGCAGCAGGGUAACACAUGGUAAACUGGACACCUGACUUCGGAACUGAAAGCUGCUAAUUUGAGUUAAAGGUGGUUAAUUUUUUUUUGUACUAGGUGCAACCUGUUCUCUGGACUUUGAGAACUGUAUAUUUUGUUUUCCUUCAAUGCAAAGAACAAUCUUCCUGAGGCAUCCUGUUCCCUCAGUUGAUCGUCUAUGAGGGGGUAUUCUGGAAUAGCAGGGUGGGAUGUAUAUUUUACACUUUUUUUUAAAAAGGAGACAAUUAUGAAUUCACUGAGCAUGGUCAGUGUUGCGGUUGCAAAUAUGCUUCAUCUACAUUGCUGGAUGUGGAAGAAGAAUCUAUUAUGUAUCUAGCUUAUUUAUUUAUAUAUAAUAUAUAUAAUAUAAUAUAAAAUAUAUAACAUAUGUUAUAUACAAUAUAGUAUAUUAUAUAUAAACUAUAUAUAAUAUAUGUUGUGUAUAUGUAUAUAUACAUUUUCAUUGCCUGUUCAUUAGAAGGUGCCAGAUCUGAAGUAGGCAAUGCUCACAAUCAUGUCUGUGCUCCUAAUGAAUUAUUUACCUCAAAUCCACAUCUGACCAGCUGUCCAACAUGGGCCCGAUGUUGGGUUAGAUGGAGAAGCUCCCCCUGAAUGCUUAUAACCGCUUUUGUUUCACCUGAUCCCGAACCCCUCUUGAAAGGCAGCCAACCCAUCGAUGCUAAAGCAGAAAGUAACCAGCUGGUUAAUCCAAGCCAGGGCUUUGGGCACAGAAAGUGGGCCCAACUCAAAUUAUUGGUUGAGCCCUGUGUUAGGUAUUGUACAGUUGCAAAACGGUUUGAUUUCUUUUGUCAUUAAGAUAAUUGUCAUUAAGAUAAUCCUUGGGCUGGACUCUAGGCUCUGGUCUAGAAUUUUAGGAUAGGGUGUUUCAUUUUGUAUUGUGAAAUUAUUUUGAACAUUAUAGCAUUCAACCAAUGUGCCAGCAAAAUGUUAACGUGCCUAUUUGUCUGGAGCCAGAAUUAUCAUGACUGCCUGCCGCUGGAAGAAAAUUGUGCUGUUCUCACAGUAGUUGUUUUUGAUGAGUGGCAGCUUAUGUCGUACAACUUGAUCUAAAUUAAAUUAUUUAAUUUCUCGUGCACAAGAGUUCACAGUUGGCCUAAGAGGCCCUUGAUUUUAAACAAAAAAAAUUAAUGGUAUUCCAGCCAUAUCAUUGACUCAACAAACUAAUGCCUAACUGUCUUGGACCUAUCUAUGACCCAUUGUCUCCUAGCCUUUUGAGGUGUUUCUGAAUCAGACUAAUUUAAAAUCUGACAAAACAUUGCAAUCAUUCAGCGGGCCAAGUCCUUUGCAAUAGACAUGUUGGUCACAUGACCAAAAUUGUACCGCAAAAUUACUGUUGCCUUCAACAGGAGCUGCAGUUCUCAAUUAAAUAUACCAUGAUUUGUUGACUGCACAGUGAUCCAGUAGUGCAGCUAAUUUUAGUAAAUCCAAAUAAAAUUCUGUGCAUCUCAGUCUCUGCUAUACCAUCAUUGUUUAAGGGAUCUGUCCUGGAGAAUCUAUAAUCCAUCCCUUUUUUUAAAAAAUAUUGCACUUUUUCCUUGUAGCUAGUAAAGAUUAUUAUAAACGGGAUUUAUCAUGUUGUGGAAAGAUGAGAAUAGCCCAUGGAGUUUCAAACGUACAAGUUAUACAACUUUUCCCCACUUUCUUAUCCUAAAUGAUUUAAUGUUGUUUAUCAACCUUUGCUUCAAUACUUUGGACGAGAUAGUAGAAUGGUUUAGCAUUGAUAUCUCCAGUGACCCCAUCAGUUUUUGUCCUCGAUUGAUGUGGACUUGAAUUAUGUGGAGAGUGAUUUAUUUUUUCCCCCCUUUAGCUAUUUUUGCUGCUAGAGUCUCCUGAUGAAUCUGAAACCAGAAGACUACUUCCGAAAUGUUUUGACUUUAAGCAGCUUAAGCUCUUAAAGACAUGAAAAGCUUGAUCCAAAAUCACAUGAAGAUUUCUGUGUAAUUAUUUCCAAAGUGUCCUCACUUUUUAAUAAGUGACAGCAAUUCCUAUUAAAAGUAAUUCAAGUUUUGUAAAUCAUUGAGCAAUUUCAGAUGUCACUGAAAUCUUCACUGUGAAUAGCCCUUAUUGAUGUGUGUAUGCACAUACAGGUUAUCCUCAUAAGCUGGAGCGCCCUGUGCACCAUGUUGGUAUAAACGGGGUCACAGAACAGCGUGUACCUCAUCUAAUUGACCCAAGGUUACCCCAACCUUCCUGGUAAGCUCAGUGCAUUCAGUUGUUGAAAGUACCUUUGGGUGACGACCCGACUGCAGCUCAUCUUUGUAGAGAUGACUCUUCAUUUCUGCCGCACACAAGGUUAUGGACCAUAAGAAUAUACCAUGUCCACCCAGUAAUUAGUUCAUAUUAUUCCCAGUUCCUGUUUGACCUAGAUAGCUUGUUUUUGGGGGAUUAAAAAAUGGAUCCAAUAUAUCAAAUCAUAAUUCUCUUCCCAUUUUCUGGGAGGGAAAAAAAACUAUAUUGAAAAAUUCAAAUGUUUCACUUUGGUAUUUCUAAGAUUAUAAGAAGCAUACUCCUGGGCAGCUCCUUCCCCAUCAAGUAAAUGUAUUGAGAAGCACUCAGUGCAGAAUAUAAGUAUUUUAACAACAGUUAUUAAAUCUUUCUGGAAGAAUUGAAUUGAGAUGAAUGAUUGCACACACUAUAUGAAAUUAUCAAAUGAAGGGUUUAAUUAUUUAAUUUGCAAGGCCAGAAUAUAUUUUAAAAUUGUUUUAGGCUCGCCUUGGCUUUUUGACAGCUAUAUUAAAAGAGAGAGAAAAUUGCCAACUUGUGAUUCUUCUGUUCAUUUGGUGACUGCUGAUUAAUCCGGAAUGAAGAAAAUCGGGACAACUGCGCUGAAUCUGCAAGUUCGCCAUUGUUGAAAUUCUCAAAUAGAAAAUAUAUUCAAUGCAGUUAUUGAGUAGGUUUUAAGACUAACUCCCCUCACAGAAAAACGUCACAAUUCAUUAUCGAUGCUUUAACUGAAGAGUUUGUCUGUGUUGCGCUUUUCUUUCGUCCGUGCACUUGUUACUUUUUUCAAUGAAAUGUAAUCUGUAAAAUGUGUGGCCAAAUCACAAUGUUUGUACCAAGAGCAAACUGCAUUUGUUUGUCCUAACUUCAUUCUUGCACUGUGAAUGGAAUUUCUUCCAGAUCCAGCUCUGUUGUGCUCAGUGUUCUGAUCCAGUUUCCUGCACAGUAUGUCCAAAAUUAAUAUUUAUAUUCUAAUUUGCCAAGAUGUUGUGAACGUUUUGGGAGUCUAUUUGAUAAAAUAAAAUGUCAUACAAUGAU